UGAGGCCAAAAAUGAACUAUCCGACAGCUAAAAAGUAAUUAUCAGAUAUGAUAGCGAUGACACUCUAUUUUACUGACGUACAAUAGAUUCUCCGUCACAUACAAGUAUUUUUCCGCUAUAUUCAAUCGAAAAUUGACUUUUUCCGACGCCCGCGCUGGGUUCCGGAGGGGUGCUGGCACUCAAUUGCACAGCGUACUCCGCCCACUGCGUCGUCCACGCCGCAUCCGCUCCGCGCCGCGCGGGCCAGCUGGGGACUUGGCGGGAGAUCUAUAAUCCCGCAGCCAAUCAGAGUACGUCUUGCUUACGUCAUGCAUACAUUUCCUUGCUGGCCUGUCUUUUGCCGAAAGUUUUGACAGCGGUGAGCCGAUUGUUUUGACAGCAGAUAUCCUAGUUUCGACGCUUUUGUUUUACCAUCGAGCUCCAAAAUGCCAAAGGCCAAAGCACAGAGGAAACCGGCGGCCGUGCCGCGAACCCCGACGCCCGAGGAGAGGGCCAAGGAGCUGGCCGCUGUGGAGAGGCUGCGCCAGCUCGGAACCAGCAAGGGCUACAACAGAAUGAGUGAAAGAGUGGCGUCCGCAUUUAUCCAGUAUCGGAAGGGCGGGGUAACAAACAAGGAGCGGCGUAACCUCGCGUACCACUCGCUCAGCGGCCUGCUGACUUUUGGACUCCACCGUGCUCCCCCGGGCACAUAUUACAUCUACAGCCAGGAGGUCCGGGGGGCCGUGCGUGAUUGCUACCCAGGUGGGGAGGAGAGCACCGGGCCGAUCAACUCCAACAACCGGCCCACCAAGAACAUUGACGCCGACGACCUCUUCGAGGACAAGGCGUGAGGGCGCCAGGCCGAGUGCGACC